CCGUUUUUAAAGGCUAGUGAACGGCGGCGGCUUUUUGCAGAGACUCGACACACGGCGCUAACCUUAGCAAGGCAACGUCGAAGCUAAGAGGUUUUACCUUGUAAAUCGUUAAAAGAGUCAACGAAACGGGCAACUCUGUCGUUAAUUGAAACACAGAGGAAGUUUGGUUCACUACUAGUAAGGCUAUUGUAUUGAAUUUAAGCCAAGAUGGAGGGCAAAGUGGAUACCACACCAAAGGACAAUCGCAAGAAUCCCAACAAGAAACCUAAGAUGGAGGACGAAAGCAAAUAUCUUCCUGAACUUCUGGCUGAGAAAGACAGUCUUGACUCUUCAUUUACUCAUGCAAUGAAGCUUCUGAAUGAAGAAAUCGAAAGGAUCCAGAAGGGAGAGCCCAAGAAGGAAGGAGAGACCUACCUGGACCUCUUCAACAACAAGAAUGUGAGAGUGAAGGAGAGGGUGUUGAUCCCAGUCAAGCAGUACCCACGCUUCAACUUUGUUGGGAAGAUCCUGGGACCACAGGGCAGCACCAUCAAGCGCCUACAGGAGGACACCGGGGCCAAGAUCUCUGUUCUCGGCAGAGGAUCCAUGAGGGACAAGAAUAAGGAAGAGGAGCUGAGGAAGGGUGGCGAGCCCAAAUACGCGCACCUGGCCAUGGACCUGCAUGUGUUUGUGGAGGUGUUCGCCCCCAUCCCAGAGGCAUACCUGCGCAUGGCCCACGCCAUGGAGGAAGUCAAGAAGUUCCUGGUUCCUGCUUUUGAAAACCAGGAGGAGAUGCACCAGGAGCAGUACAUGGAUAUGGGCUACCUGAACGGCUCCCAGGACCAGGGUGGCCGUGGACGAGGGGGACCCCCAGGCAGAGGCAGAGGCGCCCCACCACCCCAAAUGGCUGCACCCAGGGGCCGAGGGAUGCCUCCACGCGGCGCUGGUCCCCGGGGAGGUGCGCCACGCGGCGGCCCCGGACGAGGAGGUGCACCGAGGGGCGCACCAGCAGGCAGGGGAGGACCCCCACCCGCCACACCACCCGGCAGAGGAGGCGCUGCCACACGAUCGAGGCCGGCUGCCCCACCCGCCCAGAGGAUGCUGCCCCCUGCUGCACUCUCCCACCAACACCAACCGCAUCAGCAUCACCAGCAGCCUCAGCACCAUCAGCAGCACCAGCACCAACACCCACAGCACCCACCAGCCGCAGAGUCCUACGACGAAUACGCAUAUGAAGAAACAUACGCAGAGGGCUCAUACGAAGGAUACAGCCACGACUACAGUCACCACUACAGCCAGCCCCCUCAAGCAGAGACGGAGUAUUAUGACUACGGACACGGCGAGGCACAGGAAGCCUAUCCUGAAGCAUCAUAUGCUGAGGAUGACUGGGGCGAGGGUGGAUGGUCGGCAGGCGGAAGUGGCAAAGCAGCGAGUGGGCGGCAGAACAAGAGCGCUCCCCGUACGCACCCCUACACGCGGCCCUUCUGAGCACCUGCAGCCCGUGUCCAGCCCUGUGGCGGCCACGUCCUGUUCUAACUCCUCCUUUUUAACGACUCAAAGUAAUUUUUCACCUUUUUCAUCCUCCUUUGCUGUGACAUUGAGGAUAUGUCCCUGUAACUGUUGAGGGGACUUGUCUUUUUCCAGGACUUUGUGCACUGUUUGGUUUUUAAUUCAUUCAUUUAGUUGUCUGCUCCAAUAUCGCCUUGCCUUGUUUUAUACUGUGUAACCGUAAUGGGUGAAGUAGUCUGCUUGAAGUGCGCCUCGUGACUGGACUGGCAAGGUCUCUUUUUUUGUUUUUUGUUUUUUUAUGGUGCGUUAUCGUAAAGGACCUUACCCCCCUCUUUUUGUUUUAUGUUUUCGUUUUUUUUAAUAAUAAUAAACUCCACCAAAAUAUCCAAAAAUAUUUGAGGCAAUGCAGCAUCAAAUAAAGUUUUUAAAAAAGAAAAAGGAGAGAACUCGUGGUGAAGGAAAACUCAAAUCCAUGCUGUCCGCAUUACGUACAAAUGUCCUUACGUUAAAUGACAUGCUGUCAAUCUACUGAAUGUUCUAACUAAAGAUGUGUUUUUUCCAAAAGAGAAAGAAAAAGAAAAAUGGUCUUGUUACCAUCGACCCUUUGCUAAUGUCAGCCCAAGGUAUACAGGGCUCUUGACCUAUGUUAGACUCAAUAGCUACAAGUAGAGGGAUGUCUUUCACACUUUAGUAGUAUCUUUUCAAGCUCGUCCAAAUGCAACUGCAGCAGACCUAAUAGCAUGUUACAUGCCUACAGCAUCUGGCUAAUAUAGAUUGUCAACUGUAUAUAGCUUUUCAGUCUAUCAGCUUUGAACAAUACAUGUGUAACCUUGUCUAAAUAGGUGACUAAAUAUGAUCUGUUUUGCUGCAGUAUGUCAAUAAACUAGUUCUUUUCCUUCGAA